AUGGAGGGCAUUCGUUCGCCGGGGCGACCUUGCCUUUUGGUAAGUCAACUCGCCGACACCGUUGAUCCUGGGCUUAUAACACGCGCAGGCAUGGUCAAAGCCGUCGCCGACACAGAGGGGGAAAACCAAGGCGGGUUCGCCUACGACACUACGCAUGUAACGGGGUUCUCGCACAUGCACGAUUCGGGGACUGGAGGUGUAGGUUAUGCAAACAAGGUCUCCUUGCACUCCACAUUGACAAUACGUCAGGCCUCAUCCAUGGGGAACUUCCCUCUUUUCGUCCAUCCCGGUUGUCCCGAGGAUGAGCUCGCAAAAUGCGCCUGGACGUCGUCGGACAGAGCAGUCGCGUGGAAUCGUGACUCGCCUAAAGCGCGGCCUGGGUAUUUCAGCAUCGGUCUUGACAAUGGCGUCCACGCUGAAAUGGCUGUAACGAAUCACUCCGCUUUAUACGGUUUCGGAUUCCCUGCUGCGACUCAAGAUCUCAAACCGGUGAUUCUCCUCGAUAUUACCGACCUUCCGCAGUCGAGGAAUAACGGGACUGCCUCGGUUGAUCCCAGGACCGGCAGACUGACUGCAAGCGGCAACUUCAAUCCCAGCUUUGGCCAGGGCACGUAUAACAUGCAUGUUUGCGUUGACUUCCGAGGAGCGGAUAUUCGUGAUAGCGGCGCGUGGACGAAUUCGAGCGCCGAAAUAGGGCAAUCCACGGUAUCAGUUUCGAUCAAUUCGUCCUACUCCGCGAGUCAGUUUUCCGCUGGUACGUUCGUGAGAUUCGACUCCGUAUCUGCGGACGAUGUCAUAUCUGCGCGAGUCGGAGUGAGUUUCAUCAGCGUCGAGCAGGCGUGUUCCAAUGCCGAAAAAGAGCAACCUGAUUUUGACUUUGACGCAACAGUCGCCGCUGCUGAGACUGCCUGGAGAAAGAAAAUGGAUGUCAUCACAAUUGACGCCGAGGGCGUGUCGACUGACCUCCAAAAGGUCUUUUGGAGUGGUGCGUACCGUGCUAUGAUUAGUCCCCAGGACUACACUGGGGAGAACCCGUUGUGGGAAAGCGACGAACCGUAUUACGAUAGUUUCUAUUGCAUCUGGGAUUCGUUUCGUGGUAUCCACCAACUACUUACACUGAUCGAUCCCAUAUCGCAGUCCCUCAUGAUCCGAAGCUUGGUCGACAUCUACCGCCAUGAAGGCUACCUACCAGAUUGCCGGAUGUCGCUCUGUAAGGGAUGGACUCAGGGCGGUUCGAACGCGGAUGUGCUCAUCGCAGAAGCCUACCUCAAGGGCGUAAUUGAUGUCGACUGGGAUACAGCAUACGAGGCGAUUGUGAAAGACGCAGAGGUCGAGCCACUAAACUGGAAUGUUGAAGGACGCGGCGGGCUCGCGAGCUGGAAAAGCCUCGGGUAUAUCCCGAAGAAUGACACGGACCCAGGCACUGAAGGACUGCGGACGAGAAGUGUGUCGAGGACUGUCGAAUAUGCAUACAAUGACUUUUGCAUUGCGCUCAUGGCGGACAAGCUGGGUCACACGGCGGAUCGCGACAAAUAUAUCAGACGGUCUGGGAACUGGCUGAACCUUUGGAAAGAAGAUCAGUCGUCGGCGGUCCAAGGUGUCGACACCAAUUUCACCGGUUUCCUCCAGCCGCGCCUCGAAAAUGGGAGCUGGGCAUACCAGGAUCCGAUCUUUUGCAGCCCAUUAUUGAACUUCACAUCUUGUUACCUGAACGAGAACGGGCAUGAGACGUAUGAGGGCAGUUGUUGGCUCUAUACCUUCUUCGUCCCGCAAGACAUGGCCGCUCUUAUCACAACCCUCGGCGGCGCGGACUCCUUCGUCUCCCGUCUCUCCUUCCUUCACAGCUCAGGCAUCCUCUACCUCGGCGACGAACAGGCCUUCUUGACAGUCUACCAAUUCCACUACGCCGGCCGCCCGGGAUUAUCAGCUAAACAGGCCCACAGGUACAUCCCAUGGCAGUUUAAUACGUCCGUCGCCGGCAUCCCCGGUAACGACGACAGCGGCGCAAUGGGCUCAUUCGCGGUGCUUGCGAUGCUCGGCCUGUUCCCUGUGCAUGGCCAGGACGUGUAUCUGAUCACGCCGCCGUUCUUCAAGGAGGUUAGAAUAAGGAACGAGGUCACGGGCAAGGUGGCGACCGUCCGGAAUAUCAAUUUCGACCCGGCCUACGGGAAUAUCUAUAUCCAGAGUGUGAAGAGGGAUGGGAAGGCCUGGACGAAGAAUUGGAUCGGCCAUGAUUUCUUUGCGGAGGGGGGUGUGUUGGAGCUGGAGCUUGGGGAGGAGGAAAGCGGAUGGGGCACUCGGGUUGAGGAUUUGCCGCCGAGCGGCCUCGGCUCCUCCAUCGGCGAAAAACUGCGCUCCGAAGGCGCGCACCUCGCAAUCCUCUACGCCCCCUUCGAAGCCGCCCAGCGCAACGCCCUCCUCUCAUCCCGCUACAACAACGACACCACCAACAUCACCACCUACGAAUGCGACAUCACCAACCCCCUCUCCGUGCAAGCCGCCUUCACCUCCCUAAAAGCCGACCACGAACACCCCGACCUCGACGCGUUCCCCAGCAUCCUAAUCAACACCGCCGGCUACGUCUCCCUCAGCCCCCUGCACACAACCCCAGCGCACGAAACCCUCAAGCACCUGACGACCAACGUGCUGGGCCCAACGCUGUGCUCGCAGGCCUUUGCAACCAUGUACUUCGCCGCCGCCGAAGCCGCGAAAGCGAAAAACAACACACACGCGGACACGGGUUCGGGGUCCGUCCCGCCCGGGCGCAUCGUAACGCUCGCCUCGCAAGCCGCGCAUGUCGCGCUGCACGGACACGGCGCGUACUGUGCCUCCAAGGCGGCGGUGCUCGGGCUGACGCGCUGCAUGGCGAGUGAGUGGGCGGGGAAGGGGAUAACGGCGAAUACGGUGUCGCCGACGGUGGCGUGGACGGAGUUGGGGCGGAAGGCGUGGGGCGGGGAAGGGGUGAAGGAGAGGCUGCUGCAGAGUAUUCCGACGGGAAGGGCGGUGGUGCCCGGGGAGGUUGGCGAUGCGGUUGUUUUCCUGUGUCGGGUGAGUCCGUUCUUGUUCUUGGUCUUGGUCUUGGUCUUGGUCUCGUUGUUGGACUCGAGUGGGAUGAUCAAUGGGGCGGAUGUUAGGGUUGAUGGGGGGUAUACGAUUCGGUAA